UGGAGGAGGUGGAGAGGUAGUGGGUUACAGGAUCCACAGAUCAGUCUCUCGGCGGUGGUGGGGUUGAGAAGGCAGCCUCACGCACACUCCCGCGGCUCCCACACUAACACAACCAUGGUGACCCUCCGUCUGCGCCCCCUGCUGGCCCUCCUGGCGGUGCUGUGUGCUCCAGGCACGCAUGCAGACCGGGAAGGUGAGUGCAUUGAGGUGGGUUUCGCGCGCUCGGCCGGUUCCAUGCUGCACCAGGGCUACGAGGCGACGCGCGAGGUGCUGCUGGCGCGAUGGAAGGAGGAGGACGCCAGCGGGAAGCCCAGCUACGCCAACUUCAGCCCGCUGCUCAAGAAUGUGACGCGGACGGGAGAGCUUCUGGAGGCGGCGUCGAAGGCCAUUGUGGGUCUGGUGAGGAAGACGCGCGUGGGGAAGCGAUGUUCUGAGGACUGGCUGCUGAAGGGCCUGGAGAAGCACGUCCUGCCACUCAUUAACCUGGACAAGCCGCUCGCCGAGGAGAUGGGGCUAGUCAUGUCGUUCCGCUGCAUGGUGGGCUCGCCGUACCCCAACGUGGACGGCACCUGCAUCAACCAGGAGUCACCAGACCUCGGCUCCGUGGGCUCCAAGUUCUUGCGCCUCCAUACCGCCACGGUGGGCUCGGACGGGUUUUCUCCCCGCGGGUCGGUGAAGGGCGGCGCGCUGCCCUCAGCCCGCAGCGUGGCCCAGCUGCUGAGGAAACACCUGAAGCGUCCGUCCGUCACAGGGCUCUUCACCGAGUGGGCACACUUCAUCCAGCGGGACGUGUUCAGCAUCCCGGAGUCCCCGUUGGCGGAGGGCGUGGACUGCUGCGCCACCCCCGAGGCUGAGGACUGUGCACCUAUUACCAUCGAGGAGAGUGACCCGCUGCACAAGACCCUGCCAUGCAUCAACUACCGACGGUCCGCCCGCGCCCAGGCCAUCCUAGGCCACCGCGAGUCCCUGUCCCUCAUCUCCACCUACCUGGACGCCACACCUGUCUACGGCGCCACGGACAAGAUAGCCUUCGAGCGCAAGACUGGCUACUUCGGCUACCUCAAAGCCCCGGAGCCGCAGGACGAUGAGGGAGAGAAGAAGAAAGUGAAAAAAGAAGCCAAGGACUGUUCGGCACCCGAGAGUCUUGAUGGCUGCUUCCAGAUUGGCGACGACGAAGAGUGGGUGGCCGGCCUCCGCCUACUUCUGAUCUACGAGCACAACCGCCUCGCCGACGCCCUGUCAGAGAUCAACCCUCACUUCGAUGACCCGCUGCUCUACAACGAGGCCAGACGCAUCCUGAUCGCCGAGUACGCCCACGCCACCUACAGCGAGUACCUGCCGCUGCUGAUGGGGCGCCCCGCCGUAGAGAAGCACACGCUGCAGCCCGGCGCGGAGGGGCCCGGCGCCGGCUACAUCCAGGAGGUGAACCCCGGCGUGCUGGCCUCCUUCGCCCUCGCAUCCUACAGGAACCCCGCCAUGAUAACGGAGUGGAGCACGGAGCAGGGAAAGACGGAGUUGAUCGAGUCCCUACACUACAACUCCAUCAGGAAGGACCCCUACUACGACCUGCUGGCCAUGGACGUGCAGCGGGGACGCGACCAAGGUGUGGCGGGGUACAGGACGUGGCGGCGCUUCUGUGACAACGAGAACUCCUACGACUCUUGGGAGGACCUGGAGCGUGGCCUCGACAAGGACUUCGUGAAGGACCUGAAGGAGCUUUACCAAGAGGAGCUAGAGGACAUUGACCCCAUCAUUGCCCUUCUGGAGACUGACGGCAACGAGGGCGUGGUGGGCAAGACCUUCACCUGUUUGUUGGCUGACCAGUACGCGCGCCUCAAGACCGGUAACCGCCUCUUCUGGGAGCACGAGACGAGCCUCAUGACGGAGGAGCAGAAGCAGUACAUCACGAACGUGACUCUCGCCCACCUGCUGUGCGCCAACCUGCCCGGCCUGCGCGCCACGCCCAAGAACUCCUUCAUCCCGCCCUCGGACAGUAACCCGCUUGUGCCGUGCGAGGAGCUGAAACCCGGGGACCUGUCUGCCUGGAAGGACACCUCGCUCAUAGAGAAGAUGAAGAAAAAGAAAGAGGAGGAGGCGCUGGGCAGGAAGAAGGCGGCGGCGGCGGAGGCGGCGGUGAAGGUGUUGGAGGAGGAAAAAGAGACGAAGGGAGAAGUUGAGGAAGUGGAGAUUAAGGCCGAAGAAGAUGAGGAAGGAGAAAAGAAGGAAGAGGUGAAGAAAGAGGAGAAGGUUUACAGGGAAGGUGAAACGCCACAUCUUGAGCUCUAAAGGAAAAUGAAGGAAGAAAACGGGAUGUGGAGUGUUUGUUCGUGAAGGAAGAAGAGGAAAAGAAGAGCAAGAGGAGCAAGAAAAAAAAAAAAAAACGAAGAUAAAGAACGACGAAAAAGAAGGAGGAGGAGAGGAUAAAAAAGAAGAAAACUAAGAUAAAAAAUGAAAUAACACCAAAUAAGAUGAAAGACGAAACAUGAAGACGAAAACGACAAAAAGAAAAAGUAAUGAGUGUCGCGUUGUAGGGAAGACUAAAUAAAAAAAAGUGAAAAAAAAAAUCUAUCGUAAUUAAACGCAAGACGAAAACGACAAAAGAAAACGCAAUGAGUGUCGCGUUGUAGGGAAGACUAAAGAAAAUAAAAAAAAGUUAAAAGCAAAAAACCCAUCAUAAAUUAAACGCAGUACGAGACGGCGAGUGAGUUCGUUUGUUUGUUGCAUCUCCCCUUGUUUCGUAUUCCCUCUCCUCUCUGGUUUAUUAAUCUUUCCUCUUCUCGCGCCCUUCGUCCUAUUUUCCCUCUUUAUCUAAUAUUCUCACCUCCAACUACGGUUCCCUUGCGUCCCUUCCCGUCUCUUUCUUCCUUCCCUUUCUCGCUGUUCUAUUAUUCCCUCUUCCUACACCUCUCCCUUCCUCCUCUUUCCUUCUUAGGGUCUCUACCACACACACACACACACACACACACACACACACACACACACACACACACACAUACACCUUGUUCCAUCAUUUAUCUCCUUUUUCUCAUGUUCUGUUUUAUUUUCUCAACUUUUAUCCCUAUUCUUAUAUUGCGACAUUUUUUUUACUUACAUUUUGCAUUACAUUUUCCCCUUUUCCUAUACUUUUUCAGCUUCCCUCUUUCCCUUCAUUCUUCUUUUCUAACUUUUCCAACUUCAUAUUUUUUUCCUAAACUAUCUUGUCUCUGUUCUCUCUUCCCUCUUCCGCUUCUAUGUCGUUUCUUGCUUUAUUCUUCUUUAUUCUGUUAUAAUUCUGAGCAGUCUCGCUCUACUGUGUGUGUGUGUGUGUGUGUUUGAAGCUCCUAGUGAACUGACUCCGAAGCUUCGUGAUCAAGGGAAACUGUCAACAAGGGAAGGAAGCGAGUGGAGAGACGCCUUGACUCCUCCUCCUCUUCCCUCCCCCCCCUCCCUCCCUCUCCUCUUUUUGAUUUUCACUUUUCCUCGGUUCUCCAUUUUCCAUGCUGCUGUUGCUCGUGUCCUCUGUUUUCUCCCUUUUAAUUAUUUUCUCGUUUUGGUUUUCUAUUUUUUUUCUUCUUCCUCUGCCUUUUUUCUUUUUUCUUGUCCGUUUUUCGUUAUACUCUUUCUUGCGUUUCCUGUUUUCUUCAUUCUAAUUACUUCCUUAUUUGUUUUUUUUCUCCUUUUGUUUUCUCCUUUCCCUCGUUCUUUUUUAUUUCCUCUUUCUUAAUUUCUCCCUUAUUCAUGUUGCUGUUUCUUGUGUCUUCCAUUUUCUCCCUUCAAAUUAGUCUCUCAUUUGGUUGUUCCUCUUUAUUCUCCUCUCCCCCCCUUCCUCGUCUCCCCCCCCCCCUUAGUCCCACCAUCCUUCUCCUACUGCUUUGGAAUUAAAUUAAAGUUAGCUACUUCCCUUCCUGCUCCUCCAAGUCUUGCAAAUGUUGCUACUCUGAGGGUAAAUUAAGAAAAGUUAGUUCCUCCUGUUUCUCUUUGUUCUCCUCUUCCUCCUCCAUCUCCUCCUCCUCUUCUUUCUCUCCCUCCUUCAUCCCCUCUCCUCUCCUCCUCCUCUUCAUCUUUUCUCUUCGUGCUUCCUCCAUCUUCUCCUUCUACCCCUCCCUGUUUCAUCUCCUCUCCUUCUCCUCCUCUUUCCUUCUCUUCAUGCUUCCUCCAUCUCCUCCUCCUUUUCCUCUUCGCUCUCAUUUCCCUCCUUCAUCUCUUCUCCUCGUCUUCCUCCAUCUCCAACUCCUUCUCCCGUUUCUUCUCGUCCUCCUCCUUCGUGCUGUUUGGGAAGUGAAUUAAACAGAAGUUAUUUAAAGAUUAUGGAGCAAGUUACGGAAACUGUUUAAAUAUUGUGCAUGCGUUCGGCGGUAAUGCAGCGGGCGGAUAAAAUAAUCAACGUGGCGAGGCGUUCAUAGUGAUGCCAUUAAAAUUUCGUUGUCCCGCGUUCAUGCAGUAAUGCGGUGAGCUGAAUAAUUGCCUCGCGUUUUGUUGGGGGGAUUCAGUGAAGCUGUGAGGAGGAUGGGGAUGAAUGAACCUUGGGAGAGUUGAAAUGUAUCCGAGUUGAAAUGUGCGCUCCGUUGAAUUAUAUUGAGGGAAAUUAAUUGUUUUUGUGGGAAAUUAAUUGUUUUUGUAUGUGGAAAGCGUAAAAGAAAAAUUGCCUUGUGUUUUGUUGAGCUAUUGAAUGCGGAAGACGAGGAUGAAUGUAUUUAGGAGAGUUGAAAUGUUAGCUCCAUGUGUGUUUACGUUUAUGGAAGAAUUAUAUUGAGGGAUUUUUUUUUUGUAUGUGGAUAGCGUAAAAGAAUAAUUGUCUUGUGGUUUUUUGAGCUAUUGAAUGAGGAAAACGCGGAUGAAUGUAUUUAGGAGAGUUGAUAUGUUAGUUCCGUGUGAGUUUACGUUAUUGGAAAAAACGUAAAAUUAGAGGAAAAGGAAGUGCGUGUUUGUGAAUGGUAUAAAGUCUGGUACCACUGAACUCUUUGAUUUGUAUUUUGUUUGCUGGUUUGUGUGUAUGUGAAUCCCAGACAGUGUAAGUUAACGGAAAUGGAAAAAAAUAUAUAUACUGAUGGAAGGGAUUUUUUUUGGAUGGAAUUUUUUUUUGUAUGUGGAAAGCAUAAAAAAAUGGUACCAGUAAAUUGUUAAUGGUUGAUAUUUUGUUUGCUACUUCGUGCGUAGGUGAAGGUGUGCAAGUGAGUCCCGGCCAGGUAGACACACCGUGGCGGACUAAUGAAGAGGCAGGUAUACGCACAGAGAUACACACACCGCUUGUUUCGAAGGUACACAGGUUAACUGAGGCGGCGUGUGCGUGAUGGUGUGUGCGUGUGUGUAUGAAUGCGUGUGUGUGCGUGUCUGUGUGUGUGUUCAGGCAGUCGCUGUGCUCAAGGUGGAGUGUGUGUCUGGGUGUUGUCUGUGUGUGUGUGUGUGUGUGUGUGUGUGCGUGUGUGUGUGUGUGUGUGCUGGACUAGACGGAGACUCAAACUAAUUGCAAGGAAGACUCAAGUUGGGUGUUCCUGUUUGUUACGUUGGGUGAUACUCGCCGUGGGUUUGUUUGUUGUACGUUGUUAUCUUGUUACGUUGCUGUUAUUAUAUUAAGUUUGAUGCUACUCUUAUCCAGCUCGUUACGUAUCUACGGCAUGAUUAACUUUUUUUUCUACCUGAGGCGGAGUAUGGCAAGGUGUGUAGCUCGUCAGACGCCGCCGUUCACCUGUAGAAAGCCCAUCCUUUCCUUGCCCCAGUGUCACCUGAAUGGCUUAUUAUUUUAAUGGCGUAAACUGGGGAGGAGAAGGAACUCAUUCUAGGGGAGUGAACGGCGCGUCAGGUGGUGGCUAAAUAAAGUGGUUUUGGAUGCUG